CUUGAUGCUUGCGUGUUUACUGACUGAACAGGAGAGCUACCUUGUAGUGAACAAACACAACAGAGCCUGCUCGUGUUUAACAACUUAAUAUUAUAAAGAAACUCUAGCUGCCGAAUUGUACUGAAACACUAACAUCGGGAACCUUCAAUCCUGUAAUAGAAUCAACCAGUCAAAAUGAAUGUGUUCGAUAGAAAUAUAAAUUUUGACUCCCUAUUUAAAUUUUCCCAAAUCUCAAGGUCCACCCAGCUGCAUCUGAAGAAUGUCUACUCCAGCCUGGCUCUCUGCAUGUUUGUUGCUGCUUCUGGAGCCUAUGUCCAUGUCGUCACCAGACUCUUCCAGGGUGGGCUGUCGACCAUGCUCGGCUCAUUGGCAAUGAUGGCAUGGCUAGCCAUGACUCCUCAUAGUCCUCAGACUGAGAAGAAGAGACUGGGCAUCCUAGCUGGGUUUGCUUUCUUUACAGGUAUUGGUUUAGGCCCAGCUAUGGACUAUGUCAUAAGCAUUAACCCAAGUAUCAUUGUGACAGCCUUCCUGGGUACCUCCAUCAUUUUUGUGUGCUUCACUUUGAGUGCCCUCUAUGCCCAGCGAAGGAGCUACCUCUUCCUAGGAGGAAUCCUGAUGUCAGGCUUGUCCAUUCUCCUCCUGGUCUCCAUUCUGAACAUCUUCCUGGGAUCUGUAAUGUUGUUCAAGGCUCAUGUAUACCUCGGCCUGGUCAUUAUGUGUGGGUUUGUGCUGUUUGACACCCAGCUCAUCAUAGAGAAGGCAGAGAUGGGAGACAAAGACUACAUUUGGCACUGUGUGGAUCUUUUCUUGGACUUUGUGACCAUCUUCAGAAAGCUCAUGGUUGUGUUAGCCAUGAAUGAGAAGGAGAAGAAGAAAGAAAAGAAGUAAUGAUGGAGAAAUCCAUCCAAUAAAACAUCGGACCUGUAAUCCCAUCAGGAGUUCUUCUGGUGCAAGAUCACUAAAUGCUUAAAUUAUUAAUUAUAUUAUUCCCAUCAUAAUUAAUUUUGUACUUUGGUAUAGUGUCUUAUUUGUGGGAUCAAUUGUUUGAACUUUGGUUUGACGGUAAUAUUUGAUAAGAUGAUCUAGGAGUCCCUGUGUACUCCUUUUUGGGGGAUUGAGUUGAUAUAUUACAGUACUUAUCACUAGCCUGUUUGGACAGUUAUCAUUGCAUUGUCAAACAGUAAAUAUUUCAGUCAUUUUGCUCUUAUAGUUCAUCUCAUUGAGUAGAAGGUCAUUGUCUGGAUUCAUUACAAAAGGCCACCUUUUUAUAUACUAGUACAAGUUUCAAUUUGUUGCAUUUCCUUGCAGCUGUAAAUAGGGUGACAUUUCCACCACUUUGGCUCCUUUUAACUGCAAUGUUUGCUGACAAAUCUGUGUACCUGUCCCAGUAAAAUAACAGCAACAUACUAAUGGAUUUGGGUUUAACAAACAUGGUCUAUUUUGUCUUUAGUUACUUUUCUUAAAAUAACAAUUUUUGGUUUGACAAACAUCUUUCCCAAUGCUCUACUGUUUCCUGUUCAUAUUACAUAGAUGUUUGCUUUUUGUGGUAUUUUUUGUGAAUAUUGUGUAGGAUGCAGAGUGGUGUUAUUGGCUACAGUGUCAAAGAGUAACAUUUACAAUUUUACUUAUAACUAUUAGGUUUUUACAGCAUUUUUUCAGAUUUAGGAUUAUCUAAAGCAGGGGUGUCGAACUCCGGUCCUCGAGGGCCGCUGUCCUGCAUGUUUUAGAUUUUUCCCUGCUCCAACACACCUGAUUCAAUUAAAUGGUUUGUUAUAACAACCCUUCAUUCAAAUCAGGUGAGCUGGAUCAGGGAGACAUCUAAAACAUGCAGGACAGCGGCCCUCGAGGACCGGACUUCGACACCCCUGAUCUAAAGGAAACACAUUUAUUUGUGUAAGAAAUUCACUCAAGUUAUUUUAUUUGUAUGCUCAAUGGCUUCACAAAAGUUAAAUUCUGGAUUUAUAGUUUUACUGAGAGGAUAUGGCAUUCCUGCAAAGUCUUCCUUUCCAGACAAUUUUUUCAUGAUUAAAGCACAUGCAUAGUAGUCAAAGUUCUUAAAAAAUCCUGAAUCAUUAGCUAAUGGGUGAUUUUUCCCUAUAUAGUAGUACGAGCAGCCAAAAUGCAGAAAUAUUUACAACAAAUCUCGUCUUCAUGUAUUUUCUCAUGUUUGACAUCAAUGAAUAAGAUGGAACAAUGAUUCAUGUUUCAACCUGCUGCAUUUAUAAGGCUUUAUUUUCUUAGAAGUGCCAAUUACACCACAAGUUUACUAAACUAUCAAUUGCUACUCAGUUGAAGAUUAUACUGUUAGUGAGGUAAUCUGCAUAUCUGAUACUGUGAAUAAAAUUUGUUUUGCUUUUACAGG